GUCAUGUGAGCUCAGGACCCGUAUGUGCUUGUCUCCGGAGCACUGGCGCUAGUAAGUGAUCGAGUGGAGUACGCGAGAGGAUGUCGGAUGGGAUGGAGUGUACUGGAGGAACUGUCUGUUAAAUCCGCUAAAACAUAAAACAGCUCAGUUUUCCGGCAUUCACUGAAGAAGAAAGGAGUCUUGUAUCACUUGUAAAGCGGCUUGCUUCGGCUCGUGUGUUUGGUCCGCGGUGCGCGGAGCCGGAUGUCGGCGCACGGAGGCGGACGCUAGAGAGACUGGAGACGGGCUCGGCAGCUACACGUCGGGGAUGUUAUCGGUACUCUCCUAUGGCAGGAUCGUGGCCAGGGCUGUCCUGGGCGGACUCUCGCAGACGGACGGCAGAGAUUACAGCCUGGUCACGGCCAGCUGCGGCUUCGGGAAGGACUUUCGGAAGGGGAUUCUGAAGAAGGGCAUGUGUUACGGAGACGAUGCCUGCUUCAUCGCCCGACACAAGUCCGCAGAUGUCUUAGGUGUUGCGGAUGGUGUCGGGGGCUGGAGGGAUUAUGGCGUGGACCCGUCCCAGUUCUCUGCCACCCUGAUGAGGAUGUGUGAACGGCUCGUGAAGGAGGGCCGCUUCACUCCCAGCAGCCCCGUGGGCAUCCUGACCUCCGGCUACUAUGAACUCCUGCAGAACAAAGUACCGCUGCUGGGGAGUAGCACAGCUUGUAUAGUCGUUCUGGAUCGUCGGAGUCACAGGGUACACACCUGUAAUUUGGGAGACUCGGGCUUCUUGGUGGUCCGGGGUGGAGAGGUGGUCCACCGGUCAGACGAACAGCAACACUACUUCAACACACCCUUCCAGCUGUCCAUAGCCCCGCCGGGAGCAGAGGGCCUGUUGUUGAGUGACAGUCCUGAAGUGGCAGAUAGCGCCUCCUUUGAUGUCCAGUUAGGGGACAUUAUCUUAACAGCUACUGAUGGCCUCUUUGACAACAUGCCUGACUAUAUGAUCCUGCAAGAACUCAAGAAACUCAAGAACACCAAUUAUGAUAGUAUCCAGCAGACUGCCCGCAGCAUCGCUGAACAGGCCCACGAGUUGGCCUAUGACCCCAACUACAUGUCCCCUUUCGCCCAGUUUGCCUGUGACAAUGGGUUGAAUGUAAGAGGGGGGAAGCCUGAUGACAUCACAGUGCUUCUGUCCAUCGUGGCAGAAUAUACAGACUGAGCGCGCCCAGUGGAGCUCGCUCUUCUCUUACACCCGUGUCUUCCACCACUGCCCUCUUGCACUGCUCCCCAUCUCAGAUCUCCUAGAACCCCUUUCCAUUCUUCCACUUCUCGAGUAGAUCUCCAGUCAACCCAGGGAGGAGAAUAGUGUGAACUCGUUGGCCCGGGUGGUGAUGCAAGCGGUACAAACAGUCCAAAAUCGAUGUCCUCACUUGUGUCCAAAAGGAUUUUGGGAAUCUUCAACCUGUGUUGUAUUUUUGAGUCAUUUCUAGUUUUCCAAAGGCGGAGGACAGCCAUGCAUUACCCUCAAAAAAGUGGUUUCUUUGUGGAGAAGCUGUUAUAUUCACUCGUGUAGUUUGUGCAAAUGAAAAGUUGUUGUUAAAUGCUUGGUUGUCUAUGUCUUGAGAGAGAAUCUAAAGUCUCUGAAGUCUAUAUGAGCUGGAGUGCCUCUGUGUUUGUGUGUGUACGUGUAUAACGUGUCCCGUUUGGUUGUCGGUUAACUUUGGUUAAGCUGUAACAGAAAGGUAGGUUAAAGUUCAGAAGGAGGCCUGGCUAGAUUUAAAACUGUUGGGAAAUGCAAGUGCUUUAGGAUGUGCUGGCUAGUUCUGUUCUAGUUAGACAAUCUUCACCUACACUGUCACUUUGUGAGGUCUCGGAUGAUGGAUUGCAGGUUCAAAGGCAUGAAGGAGAUUGGCUAUAAAUGCAUAGCUUGUGUUUGGUUAUAUACGAUAGAAACUAAACUGCACAGACAUCAAAGACUUAGUCAGGGUCGCGCCAUAUUUAAGUUUUCACAUGAAUGAAAAUAAGGCUGUGAGGGACCGUAGUACAGCCCUUGUAGAGCGUUGUACUGUCGUUUAACUGCAUAUUGAUAAAGUCUUUUCGAAAAACAUUCAAUAGACUGCAAAAACUCCAUAAAACAGUUUUCAAAGUUGGGAUUUGGUGAAAAUGACCUACCGUAUUUUCCGGACUAUAAGUCGCACUUUUUUUCAAAGUUUGGAUGGUCCUGCGACUUAUAGUCAGGUGCGACUUAUUUAUCAAAAUUAAUUUGACAUGAACCGAGAGAAAUGAACCAAGACUGAUGCGACUUAUACUUAGGUGCGACUUAUAGUCCGAAAAAUACGGUAAUCUAGGACCUAUAUUGCAUGCCUUUGUAAAAUCCUCGUUUUCAAUAUGGCGUCAAACCUGACCAAGGUCUGUACCAGAGAAUGUCACAAUCCGCUGAUAGACAGAUACACUUGUUCAUGGGAUGGUGGAUGUUGACUUUGAAUGCGUGUUGGAUGUAUAUUUACAUGACUUCACCUCUCGACCCUUAGAGUUUGAAAGUCUACACGCACAACUGACUAGCAUCUGCCAAUGCUUUUCAUGAAUUGAAAGGUCAGGUAUAUAAAUAAAUGUUUUAUUUUUAUAAAUAUUUAGCUUAAGAUUAAACCGAAUGCAGAAGUUAGGGAAUGCUGGUCUUUACGGAUCGAACGUAAGGCCUUUUGGCGUUUUCUGUGCUCCCUAGCGAGGCUUGGGUUAUUUUUUUAACUGAUUGAUGGGUAUCUAACGCUUUUUGUUUAUUUAGAUUGGUCCUAGAGAACUUUUUCCACAUUCAUGUGCUGCUUUAAUUUUGUAAAUUAUAAAUGUGUGAGUGACUACAUUAUUUAUAUGAAUGUUUUUACCUGUACAAUAAAAAAAAAAUGGGUCAGCUGAGGGUGAUUUUAUUUCACGAAAGUGACAAUUCCUGUAGACCAUUAAGUGUGAUUGGCUUGCAGUCUUUGGAUAAAAUGACACACAGAUUCUAUGAAAAACAUCAACUAUACAUAAUAGUAAUAUUUUUGUCCAGUUUAUCGAGAUAGAAAACUAAGAAGUACAGCUAUUUAAAAUGUCUUUUUAGUUUUGUUUCUCCAAUAUCUGUGAAUAUUGUGCAUGCCCAGGAUGGCAAACCUUAGUCAAGUAUGCAUUAAAUUGGGUAAAAAUAACUGAUAUGUGUAUAGUCCAUGAAUAAAUGUGACUUCAUAUUGAAAUGCUGUGUAACUUAACAUGGAACUCGAUGUUUUGUGAGGUUUGCCAUCCUGAUAUGUCCCACAAAGGCAUGGCUUCACAGACAGAGAGGACUAUAAUCAAGUCUUCAGUUGUGCCUGCAACACAAUUUGACCAGAACUGUGGUUUCUUAUUACAUGUAAUGUCUUGUGGGUUGUGGUCAUGUUGGAAUCACCAUCUCGAUUCACAUUGUGUAAACGGUAAAGAAAACCAAAGCGCGAAAGCCAUAAGACAAUUAUGACCAAUGUUUUCUCCAUGUCAUCUACAAAGGCCGCAGAUGAAUUGAUAAAUGUUGAGAGUAUCUGCCAGAAUCACCAUCGUGUCCCAUUUCUGCUUUUCUUUAUAAAUAAUGGAAUGGAAAUCAACGAAGCCAGUCGUGUCUAAUGGUUGAGAUUGACAGUUGUGUACUUGACAAUUAAAAAUGUGAUCUAGUUCGAAAAUGUUUUAGCUGUCUUUUAUUUUAGUCAGUGGUGAUGUGUGUGAUAUCAGCGCCUCUAGAGGCAGCAAAUGGAAUUGCCCUUUCCCCCUUUUUUUAACAGUUUGUUUGAGUAAUGACAGUGUUUGGCUUUGUUCAGGUGGGCAAUAAGAAUUGGGCUUAUUUAUUUUGGAUCAGGAGAGUCAUAAAUAAUAAUAAUAAAAAACUAUUGUUAACAUAUUGUAACUAUAUGUUAUUAGGAACACCCAAACAUGUAAAUUAUAAAUAGAUAAUUUAAAAAUUAUCUAAUUAUCAUUUUUGGAUUUGUUUGAAUACGUCUCAGUGUGAACGUAACACAUGAAACAUCAUACAAAAGACAAAUGUGAUGUCAAGUUUUCGAAUUUAUGUCUUCUCUUUACAUUGACCGCUACUCUCAGUUGUUGUAUUUGAAGUUAUUUGGGGAUUGCAAGUGAUAACACUGGAUAUUGAUUGUUUGUAUACACUGAUAUGACUUCUUCACUUACAAAAUGCUGGUGCAAAAAAAUAAAAAAAAACAGUCCCAGAGAUAUAAUAUCGAAGAAAAAAACAAUGUGUGUACAGUGUGAACAAAGCCAAAAAAAUAAAAUAAAAUUGGAACCGUUAUUUUUGCAAUUCUGUUUGGUGUCGCUGGUGGUGCAUAAAUGACACGUUUCACCAAUAGUGAGUGUCAUUGCAUGAGAUGAUAUGGUGACUGAAACUUUUUGUUAUCUGGAGUUUUGCCACUUUGUUUGCCACACACACAUUUUUCCACAUUUUCUUAUGGCAGGUGUGCUUUUAUAAAUUCUAGUGCAAUUCUCCUACAUCAUCAUUUCAGUACAAGAGAGAUUCCCCACCGAGUUGGGCUGAUAGUGACUGAAUGCCACCCAGAUCUGUGAGCGAACCAGGAGUGGCUCCAUCAUACAAAUCAACAUGCUUUUUGCGCCUUAAAUUGUCAUACUGUACCAUUCAGAGGCCUUUGUGUGGCAAAGCUUGCAUGACUCGUCUGGGUGUCGCUUACAGUAGUGUCCUCGAUUCUGGUUGUAUCAUCUGUCCUCUCCUUUGAUGGUUUCUAUGGUGCUCUUAAGCAGACAGUGUGUGAAUGAGAACUACACUUUUUGUGUGUACAGUGUAACGAUGCAAGAAAAGUUCCUGUAAAUAUGUUUUCCAACGUGUACAAUAUUGAAAUAAAAAUAUAGUAUUUAUACUAAAA